UCCACCCAUCUGACAUCAUCAGGGAGGAGGGGCCUGGCAAAGGCUGAAGGGGCUUUCCCCUGCCCUCGCCAAACUGAGAUCCUUCCUGUCUCACGGACAGCCCCAGAGAGGGCAGGGCUGGUCCCCGGAAAGCUGGGCAAGCAGGGGCCUGAGAGCUCGCUGAGGGCAGGGAUUUCCUUCCCCCUCUGAGACGCCCUCUCUCCCCCUCGCAUCGCCAGUGCACAUCGGAUGCGGCGUUGGUCAAGAACCGUGAUGGCUGAGGAGGGCUCCGGCGGCUGCCCCGUGCCCCGCCUGGCUUGGGCUUCUCUCCUGCGGAGUGUUUUGGUCCCUUUUCUCACGGGUGUGACCGGCGCCGUGGUGAUAUACGGCAUCCUGUGCAGUCACUACCUCCCGCAGAAGCAGCUGCCGGAGUCGUCUGGGUGGGACAUAGCUGAGCUCCAGCUGAAUCACACAGGCUCACGGAAGGACCCUCGGCUGCGCUGGCAGGGGAGCCCAGCGCUGGGCCGCUCCUUCACCUACGGACCAGAGCUGGACAACGGGCAGCUGCGCGUCCAGCGCCCCGGCAUCUACAGGCUGCACGUCCAGGUGACGCUGGCCAACUGCUCCUCCAGGUGGACCACCGCGCACCGCAGGGCCACGCUGACCGUGGGCAUCUGCUCCCCGGCCUCGCGCAGCAUUAGCCUCCUGCGGCUCAGCUUCCACCGGAGCUGCACUGUGGCCUCCCAGCGCCUGACGCCCCUGGCUCGCGGCGACACCCUGUGCACCAACCUCACGUUGCCGCUGCUGCCUUCACCCAACAAUGACGAAACUUUCUUUGGGGUUCUCUGGGUGCACCCCUGACUGCCGCCCCUCCUGGGGUCUUCAGAGACUCAGAUUCAGGGAGGGGGGAUGUGUUUUUUCUUUGUUUCCGUUUUCCUAUCUGUGGUGACCUGAAGCUGUAUGCACUAUAGGAAAGUGUAUUCUUAAAGUUAGUCCGUUUCUGUGGGUGUGUACCCAUUGUAAGUAGGAUCUUUUGGUGAGAUAAGAUGUGACUCACCUCAUCCAAGGUGGUCUCUUUUUUUGUACGUUUAGAUGAGUAUUAAAUCUUUGGAUGAAGAAGAACUUUCAAAGCACAAGAGCAAUGGAAGAAAUUGCAAAGGAAAAUCAACAGGCUUUGAUAUUUAAAAAUUGACAUUUUAAAACCUUCAUGUUAAAAAAAUUAAAAGGCAAAGUACGAAUUGCAAAGAAUUUGACACAAAUAUGAAAAAAGGUUAACAUUAGUCUAUGAAACGACAAAUGAGAUCAAUAAAAUAGAUCACCAAGGUCCCAAUAGGAAAAUGGACUAAGAAUGUGCAAUAAAGAACAAAUACAGAUAACUUCAGCAUCACAGAUACAGACUGCUGCUUUUUAUUUUACUUGAAACAGUACAAUGAUGAGAUGUGAAUUUUUUUCAUCUAUUAAAUUUAAGACUUAAAUCUGAGGAGCACUCUACAGAAUAUGUGUGCUUAAACACCACAAAGAAGAAGUCAUUGGAGUGCCAUUUUCCAGAGAGCUUCCUGAUGAUUUGUAUCAGGAACUUUAAAAUGUUCUCACCCCUUC